AUGAUCAAGUGGUGGACAGGGACUGACGAGUCCGGGAAGUCCCCCCCCACCCUCGGGGACGCCCGACGGGAUCUGAGGGCCCGCUGUGUGGGGCUCAAGAAUGAAAGUCCCGGGAAACCGAAUGGGAGCCCGCCUUUUUGGGGCCCAGCAGUCCCCCAGACCCCCUCGGCGCCCUUGCCGACGGACCCCUCCCCUUCACUCUCACUCUGCCCUGUAGUGCUCAAAACCAAGCCUGUUAUCCCCCCCGAUGAUUCCGCUCUAAAUCCCCUUCUCGAAGACUCUCCUCCCCCUUACCCACCUCUGCCCCCUGUGCCCGGAGCCCAGCCCCAGGUUCAAGCGCCCCCGGUUCCGGUUGUUGUGGCGAUAGAUCACACUCCCGGGACGUCCUCCCCGAUCGCUGGGAGGUUGCAAGAGCGAAGAGGACACCAAGGGGAUUCUUCUCACAUACUUCCUCUCCAGGUGGGACCAGGGCCGGGCAACCAACUUCAGUACUGGCCCUUUUCCGCCUCUGACUUGUAUAACUGGAAACAACAUAACCCGCCCUUCUCCCAAGACCCUGUAGCCCUAACUAACCUCCUGGAGUCUAUCCUUCUAACUCACCAGCCCACCUGGGAUGAUUGCCAACAGCUCCUCCAAGUCCUCCUCACGACAGAGGAGAAACAGAGGGUCAUUCUGGAAGCCCGUAAACAGGUUCCCGGGGCGGAUGGAAGACCCACCCAGCUGCCCAACGAAAUAGAAGCUGCUUUUCCCUUGACCAGACCAGAUUGGGACUUCACUACACCUGAAGGUAGGGGACACCUACGCCUUUAUCGCCAGUUGCUCACAGCGGGCCUCCGAGCAGCGGGGCGAUGCCCCACCAAUUUGGCCAAGGUAAGAUCAGUAGUACAAGGGCAAGAUGAGGUGCCGACGGUAUUCUUAGAGAGACUAAAGGAAGCAUAUCGGAGGUUUACUCCCUUCGAUCCAGAUAGCCCUGAGCAGGAAGUGAGUGUCUCUAUGUCUUUCAUUUGGCAGUCAGCCCCUGACAUUAAGGUGAAACUCCAAAGAAUGGAGAAUCUGCAGGGACAGAGGUUACAAGAUCUACUCAGGGAAGCGGAGAGAAUUUAUAAUAAAAGAGAAACUCAAGAAGAAAGAGAGGAAAGGCAAAGGAGAGAGGCAGAAGAUAGGGAGAAUGCAAGAGACAGGAGGCGAAACAAGGAAUUAAGCAGGAUACUGGCCACUGUAGUGAGAGACAAAGAAGAGUCCAGAGGAGAUAGGAAGGGAGGCAGAGGCAGGGCCCCAUUAGACAGUGACCAAUGUGCCUACUGCAAAGAGAAAGGCCACUGGGCAAGAGAUUGCCCUAAAAAGAAAUCAAGAACAAGAGAGUCCACUCUCCUAACCCUCGACUAGGGGGGUCGGGGCCAGGACCCCCC